CGGAAGAAGCAAACGAAGAAGGACUGCGGAGGACGCAGGGCGAGGAAGGGGAUGGGCGAUGAUAAUCCCCAUGGCGGGCACAUGUAUGGGAUGGGGUCUGCCCCUACGAACGGCRUUCCCGACGGAAUGCGCCAGCGAUUCGACCCCRCAUUGUACGCCCAUCUGCCGAGUUACAUGCAGCCCUUGCCAGAUGACGAGGACUGGGUGCCGCCCCCUUCAACCCUCCCUCUCGCAUGGGGUUCCACGCAGACCUCCUACGAGACCGGGGGUAGAUCGGGUGAUCGCGGCACUGGGAUGGGUCCGAUGUCCACGUUGUUGACGGGAGGGGGGGGGGCGGGGCCGGAUCCUUUGCAACUGCACUUGUCGUCGUCGUGCAGCAUGGAUGCUUCAAGAACCGUCCUCGUGGAGCACAGCAGUCGGUCACAGGGCGGUGUGUCGGUGACAAUGCAGGACGCCCGAAAAGAUGGACCUCAGACACAGCGGCCGGCGAGGUCAUCGUCUGCAUGCACGAGCAGCCAUAGCCGACCGCCGGGCUUCACGACUCCUCUCGGCACUAGGGUUCCCCACGCUGUGGUGAACGGAAGAGUGACGACGCCGACUGCGGCAGAGUCCCCCCAAGUGAUAGAGAGGAUCAUAGCGCGGUACUCAAGGAUGCGUACGGACGUUCAACGCGAUGAUGUAGGUGACACCUGCGCCGACGGUGAGGAUGUGUCGGAGGAUUGCACGGACGACGACGAUGAAAGCGACGACGAUGGCGAGCCUGCGGUGAAGGAGCCAACAUCGAAGGGGGGGAAGAAGAAGGCAAGCAAGAGUCGUGCGAAGUCGAAGGCGAGGGAGGAAGGGGGGGGUGCAGAUGGCGAGGGUGGGGGAGGGAGCACGCGGCAGAACUGGCAUUUGGACGAAUCGCUCGUCCUCGUCCGGUGCAAGAGGGACCUGGACGAGUAUAUGGCGAGCCAAGGCAGCAACUUCGCGCGGAUGAAGACGAAGACCUGGAAAUGGAACGAGAUAGCGAAGCGGAUGGUGCAGCAGGGUGUCACGAAUAGAGAUGGGGAAUCGUGCAUGAAGAGAUGGGAGAACAUUUUCGGGUGGUACAGAAAAAUUUGGGACAGGGAAAAGGACUCGGGCGUGCAAUCUUUUUUCCUGCUCUCCUCGAAGAAGCGCAAAGAACUAGGCUUCAAGUUCGUGCUGGAUAGACAACUAUAUGAUGCCAUGAUUGCCAUCCACGCAACGACCCCCAACAAUCAGGCCAUACACCCGCCUAAUCUACAUGACACCGGCGGACUGCCUCCGCAGCAACCGAAUGAGGGUGAGCAGAGCCAACCGCGGGGGCCGAUAGUCGUGGGAGAGACGUCUGCGAGUGACAACAUGGAGAGCGGAGCGGGGGACGGGUAUGGCAACAGAUCUUCAGGGGGCACGGCUGCAGGGAAGCGGAAGAAUGCGCGGCAGCUGGCCUUCGAUGUUGUCGCGGAUGUGAUGAAGACGCAUUCGACAAUCGUGGCGGAGUCUGUAGAUCGUGCCAGCAAGCGUCAAUGCGAUGUGCUGCAACGGCAAUGCGACAUAAUGGAGAGGGAGGCGAGGACGUAGGAGAAACAGUGCGAGGUGCUUGAUGCGGGUCAGCGCAUGCUGUGCGAUGCG